AUGUUAGACUAUGAUCCUAAUAUUAGAGACGAAGUUCGAAGAGCAUAUCUACAAAAAGGUCCAUGUCAGCCUAAGGAUCAUACAUUUCCACAAACUGAUCUUUCAGGGUAUGAUCGACGCUUUAAUGUCAAGUGGUUUGAUGAGUUUGACUGGUUGGAGUACAGUAUUAGUAAAGAUGCUGCAUUUUGCCUUUAUUGUUAUCUCUUCAAAUCCAAUUUCAGAAUUGGUCAAGGGUGUAGCGACGCCUUCACAGAAAUGGGUUUUAGGAAUUGGAAGAAGAAAGAGAAGAUUAGGCAACAUGUUGGGCAUGUUGGAAGUGUUCAUAAUCAAUCUAGACAAUAUUGUGUGGAUCUUAUGAAUCAAAAGCAACACAUCCGAACAGUUUUGAUAAAGCAAUCAGAGCAAGCUCGUAUUGAUUAUCGUAUUUGCUUGACAGCUUCUCUUGAUUGCGUGAGAUUUUUGUUGAGGCAAGGUCUUCCUUUUCGUGGGCAUGAUGAGAGUGACACUUCAAGCAACAAGGGGAAUUAUUUGGAGCUCUUACAAUUUCUUGCUGAUCAUGAUGAGAAAGUUAAAGCCGUUGUGUUAGAAAAUGCUCCCGGGAAUCUCAAGUUAAUAGCUCCAACAAUUCAAAAAGAUCUUGUGAAUGCUUGUGCCACUGAAACUAUUAAGAAAAUCAUUAAGGAUAUGGAUGGUGCAUUCUUCUCUUUAUUAGUUGAUGAAUCACGUGAUGUGUCAGUAAAAGAACAGAUGGCGGUGGUGUUUCGUUAUGUGGACAAAAGUGGAGAUGUAAUUGAGAGGUUUGUGGGCAUUCAACACGUUAGCGACACUACAUCAAACUCACUCAAGGAGGCUAUUGACACAUUGUUUUCAAGGGAGGAAUUGAGCCUUUCCAUGCUAAGAGGACAAGGAUAUGAUGGAGCUAGUAAUAUGAAGGGUGAGUUCAAUGGUCUUAAAACCCAGAUUUUGAGAGAAAAUCCUUGUGCCUAUUAUAUUCAUUGUUUUGCACAUCAACUUCAAUUAGCUCUUGUGGCCGUGGCAAAGGGAAAUGCUGAUAUUGCCACUUUCUUCACAUCUUGCAAUAGCUUGGUCAAUAUUGUUGGAGCAUCGUGUAAGCGUCGUGACAUGCUUAGAGAUCAACUACAAAAGGAUAUUACGGAAGCUCUUGAAAAAGAUACUUUUCCAACCGGGCGAGGCUUAAAUCAAGAAACUUGUCUCAAGCGUCCAGGUGAUACACGUUGGAACUCACAUUAUGGUACAUUACUUAGUAUCAUCUCCAUGUUUAAAUCUGUGGUGAAAGUGCUCAAAUUGAUUAUUGAGGAUGGCUCCACUGAUAAUCUAGGUGAAGCAAAUAG